GCUUGAAAGCACUUUUGCGCGGAGCAACAAAGAAAGUGUUCUUAAACUAUUAUAAUUGCAAGUGAUUAAUAAAGGAAUUUUAUAUUUUAUUCUACGAAGUUGAUACAUUGAAAUAAAACAAGAUGUCUGAAGAAGUGGAAACCUUCGCUUUCCAAGCUGAAAUUGCUCAGCUUAUGUCGUUGAUCAUCAACACAUUCUACUCGAACAAAGAAAUUUUUCUUCGUGAGUUGAUCUCUAACGCUUCCGAUGCACUCGAUAAAAUCCGUUACGAGUCUUUGACCGACCCCACCAAGUUGGACAGUGGCAAAGAAUUGUACAUUAAGCUUAUUCCCAAUAAAACGGCAGGCACUUUGACCAUUAUUGAUACUGGUAUUGGUAUGACUAAAUCAGAUUUGGUCAACAAUUUGGGUACAAUUGCCAAGUCCGGCACUAAAGCAUUCAUGGAAGCAUUGCAAGCUGGUGCUGAUAUUUCUAUGAUUGGUCAAUUUGGUGUUGGUUUCUACUCGGCUUACUUGGUUGCUGACAAAGUUACCGUUACGUCAAAGCACAACGAUGACGAACAAUACAUUUGGGAAUCGUCGGCUGGUGGCUCGUUCACAGUUAAACCAGACAACACAGAACCAUUGGGUCGUGGUACCAAGAUCGUUUUGUAUAUCAAGGAAGAUCAAACCGAUUAUUUAGAAGAAAGCAAAGUCAAGGAAAUUGUGAACAAGCACUCUCAAUUCAUCGGUUACCCCAUUAAGUUGUUGGUAGAAAAAGAACGCGACCAAGAAGUGAGUGAUGAUGAGGCUGAAGAUGAUAAGAAGGAGGAAGAAAAGAAAGAAAUGGACACUGAUGAGCCCAAGAUUGAAGAUGUUGGUGAGGAUGAGGAUGCCGACAAAGAUAAGGACAAGAAGAAGAAGAAAACUGUUAAGGUGAAAUACACCGAAGAUGAGGAAUUGAACAAAACAAAGCCCAUCUGGACUCGUAACCCUGACGACAUUUCUCAGGAAGAAUACGGCGAAUUCUACAAAUCUCUCACAAAUGACUGGGAAGAUCAUUUAGCCGUCAAGCACUUCUCCGUUGAAGGUCAAUUGGAAUUCCGUGCUUUGCUGUUCAUCCCACGCCGCACUCCUUUCGACUUGUUCGAGAAUCAAAAGAAGCGCAACAACAUCAAACUGUACGUCCGCCGUGUUUUCAUCAUGGACAAUUGCGAGGAGCUCAUUCCCGAGUAUCUGAACUUCAUCAAGGGUGUCGUUGAUUCAGAAGAUUUGCCUUUGAACAUUUCUCGUGAGAUGUUGCAACAAAACAAAGUAUUAAAGGUUAUCCGAAAAAAUUUGGUAAAGAAGACCAUGGAAUUAAUUGAAGAACUCACUGAAGACAAAGAAUUGUACAAGAAGUUCUACGAUCAAUUCGCCAAGAACUUGAAAUUGGGUGUUCACGAAGACAGCAACAACCGCGCCAAACUUGCCGACUUCCUGCGCUAUCCCACUUCUGCCUCUGGCGAUGAUGCCGCCUCUUUGGCCGAUUACGUAUCACGUAUGAAGGAGAACCAGAAGCACAUCUACUUCAUCACAGGUGAAUCAAAAGAACAAGUUAGCAACUCUGCCUUCGUUGAGCGAGUUAAGGCACGUGGUUUUGAAGUCAUCUACAUGACCGAGCCUAUUGAUGAAUACGUUAUCCAGCACUUGAAGGAAUACAAGGGCAAACAGUUGACUUCUGUAACCAAGGAAGGUUUGGAGUUGCCUGAGGAUGAUGCCGAGAAGAAGAAGCGUGAGGAAGAUAAGGCGAAGUUCGAAAACCUCUGCAAAUUGAUGAAAUCCAUUUUGGACAACAAAGUUGAGAAGGUAGUCGUUUCGAACAGAUUGGUUGAGUCGCCAUGUUGUAUUGUCACGUCACAAUUCGGUUGGUCAGCGAACAUGGAACGUAUAAUGAAAGCCCAAGCUUUACGUGAUACCUCAACUAUGGGCUACAUGGCUGGCAAGAAGCAUUUGGAAAUCAACCCUGAACAUCCAAUCAUCGAGACACUUCGUGAAAAGGCUGAUGUUGACAAGAACGAUAAAGCUGUGAAAGACUUGUGCAUUCUGCUCUUCGAGACAGCCCUGUUGUCAUCAGGCUUCUCAUUGGACAGCCCGCAAGUGCACGCCUCCCGCAUUUACCGUAUGAUCAAACUUGGUCUUGGUAUUGAUGAAGAGGAGCCAAUGGCUACAGAAGAUACCCAGAGCGGUGGUGAUGCGCCUCCAUUGGUCGAUGACACUGAAGAUGCUUCACACAUGGAAGAAGUCGAUUAAGUUAAUUAGUAAAUAGAUAUAAUUCCAACGUUCCAAAAAUUGAAUGCAAAUUGUCAGCUUUUCUACGUCAUAAGUUCAUUUAGUUUACAUAAUUUUGUAUUCGAUUUAGCGAACAUCAUUAAUGUGGUAAUAUAACAACUAUGACUGCUUAUGUUCAAUUAAUGAGUAUAAAAAUAGAAUUUUCGUUGUCGCGUUUUAAGCGGCUUCUUAUAUCUCAAAUCAAAGGAUAACUUAUGAAUCGAUGUAUGAGUAUGAGAAUUUACAUAUAAAUAAAUGUUUAAAUUAACUCAA